AUUACUGUCCAGCACCUUCUGCGGACUGCCAAGCGUGAACGCCUUCAGUUUAAACUGCGAUCCAGUCGGCUGAAGGAAAGUCGAUCUCUCUUCCCUUUCACCACUGACUACACAACAACCAAACUUGACCAAACCGAUCAAACCUCUUGCCACUACCGCCUCGUCUCCUGCGACCACCUCAUCGUCACCUCUAAUAUUUAAUCCUCCCCUUCGCACAUUCCUCAGGUUCGUCCGCUAUCCUUUACUUCUACCGACCUAUUACCAACCGCUUUGCGUAGGGUUGACUCAGAUCACAGCCCCACGUCCCGCUCGAUAUCGACCACCUUUGGCCUCAAAAUCCUCCCUACAAACACAGAUAGACCACAUUCUCAGCCAUGGCUCUGAAGCGAAUCAACAAGGAACUCACAGAUCUUGGCCGUGAUCCUCCCUCAUCAUGCUCAGCCGGUCCCAUGGGAGAUGACCUGUUCCACUGGCAAGCAACGAUCAUGGGUCCCAGCGACAGCCCAUUCCAAGGCGGUGUCUUCUUCCUGGCCAUUCAUUUCCCUACAGACUACCCCUUCAAGCCACCGAAGGUCAAUUUCACGACUCGGAUCUACCACCCCAACAUCAACUCCAACGGCAGCAUCUGCCUGGACAUCCUUCGAGACCAGUGGAGCCCCGCUCUGACAAUAUCGAAAGUCCUUCUAUCUAUCUGCUCUAUGCUCACCGACCCUAACCCCGACGAUCCACUUGUUCCGGAGAUUGCUCAUGUGUACAAGACCGACCGCGCUCGAUACGAAGCAACCGCCAGAGAAUGGACGAGGAAGUUCGCGAUCUAGUUCCGAUGGCAGAAUAGUCGGUGGCGGUUGCUAGGCGGUGCUCGGCAGUGCCAAGCGGCAGGGGGUGUAUGGUGCUGCUUCAGACGAGAAUCGGCAGCGUUUGGUACAGAGCAACCCACGACUCCACGGAUGCGGUUGGCAGAGUACGACAUAUGCAUUACACCAAGGGAUGCAAUGACAAGCAACAGGAGAAACAGGCGCAGACGUUAUGGAGGGAUGUUUAUGUCCAGCAGCACGAUCUCGGAUGAACUCUUAUGAUGCAUUACAACAGGGCGUGCUUGAGGGAUACUGACAACUGUGCUUCUUGCUUACCCAACCGUGUGCCUUUUCCCUCUCUUGGCCUUUUUUCGUGAUCAAUUGUUUCAACUCCAUCCAUUCGCAUUUCGAGGCUCGUUGACCACGGCCGGACGGGCGUUGACGCCUGGGAUUUGAUGCUGCAGCCGCCUCGCCCCAAUCCUCCAAGAGUAAUCCGUAGGCUGCGACAU